AGAGUGUGAGCAGAGCAGGCGAGUAAGCAUAGCGUGUGCGUGUUUUCUGCGUGCGGUAGCUGCGUGUGCCUGAUUCUGCUGGCUCUAAGCUAUGUGCAAACGCGCUCGCAGCAGGCUCAGCCGGCACCAUUGAAGCCAGCACUUCCUCUCCUGGACUGGCAGGCAAUCACAACCACCCCAAGCCUCUCUCUUUCUCUCUCUCUCCCUCCCUCACUCUCUCUUUCUCUCUCCCUGUCUCUCUCUCUCUCUCUCUCUUUAUAUCUCCCUCUCGCUCACUCAGUUCCCCCCCCACUAACAUCUUCAGCAGAAGAAGCGAAAAGCCCCUUCGCUGGCCAGCCCAGGGAUACCAGCUGAAAGAAUGAGGCUUUGACACUGCGUGGGACUGGACUGACACGCGAGCGUGACCAACCAGCAACACGCACAGAGACAUGCUGAAGCUGUGAGCGUGGCCGUCAACGCCAGAGGAGAGCCCCCCCCAGCCAGUAGCAGUGCCAGCAAGCGAGCAGGAGGACGCCGAAGACCGGUCCCCAAGUGAGCAGGCCCCCCCAGCCAGGUCGAUCAAGCAGAGUGACCACCGCCGCUCCGGCCCGCGUCACCCCCCUGGGUCAGCAACACCUGUGGCAGCAGUGAGUCAACCCAGUCAGCACGUUCGUUUGUACAUGGAGACCCCCAGCUGGGCAGAAACCAAACCAGGAAACGGGUUGUGCAAAUCAGGAACCAUCACCCUCUUCGGAAACGUGGUGUACAGUGGCCUUCUGAACGAUCACUUCUGGCAUUUCGGGGUGCCCCUCGUCACGAGACUGGGUAACCAGGAGGCCACAGCCCCCCCGGAAGCGAUGGCUCAGCCGUACCCGCCCGCCCAGUUCCCCCCUCCGCCGCAGAACGGGAUCCCGGCGGAGUACGCGGCACCACAUCCACACCCCGCCCAGGACUACACGGGCCAGAGCACGGUCCCCGACCACGCCAUGACCAUCUACACGCCCACACAGACGCACAGCGAGCCGCCGGGCACCGACAGCAGCACGCCGUCCCUCACCGGCACAACGACGGUACCGCAGGUGGACGAGGUGGCGCAGACAGACUCCCAGCAGCUCCAGCUCCAGCCCUCAGACUCCUCAGAGAAGCAGCAGCCCAAGCGGUUACACGUCUCCAACAUCCCCUUCCGCUUCCGGGACCCCGACCUGCGGCAAAUGUUUGGGCAAUUCGGGAAGAUCUUAGACGUGGAGAUUAUCUUUAACGAGCGGGGAUCCAAGGGCUUCGGGUUUGUAACUUUCGAGACGAGCGUGGACGCAGACCGCGCACGGGAGAAACUAAACGGUACAAUCGUUGAGGGACGAAAAAUAGAGGUAAACAAUGCAACGGCGAGAGUAAUGACCAACAAAAAGGUGGCCAACCCAUACACGAAUGGCUGGAAGCUGAACCCAGUGGUGGGGGCCGUCUACGGGCCUGAAUUUUAUGCAGUUACCGGCUUCCCGUACCCGGCCGCGGGGGCCACAGUGGCAUACCGAGGUGCCCAUUUGAGAGGCCGGGGACGCGCUGUCUACAAUACGUUCCGUGCCGCCCCCCCACCUCCGCCCAUCCCAGCCUACGGAGCGGUGGUGUACCAGGAUGGGUUUUACGGCGCUGAGAUUUACGGGGGCUACGCAGCGUAUAGAUAUGCCCAGCCACCAGCCGCAGCCGCAGCAGCUUACAGCGACAGCUACGGCAGAGUCUAUGCAACGGCAGACCCGUACCACCAUACGAUCGGACCAGCGGCCACAUACAGCGUGGGCACUAUGGCUAGCCUAUACAGAGGAGGGUACAGUCGCUUCACUCCCUACUAAAGAGAGGGAAACAUUGCCCCCAACAAACAAACAAACAAACAAACAAACAAACACCUACUUCUUCGUGGAAAACUAAAUCAAUCACAAAGCUUCCAGGUCACAGUGCUGGCCCUCUCCUAUUCAUCUCAAGAUGAUGUUACAUUUGAAGAGUAUCCUAACUGUCGCUAUCUCACUGUGUCAUUAUUUUAUAGAAUGUUACAAUUUAUUAUUUUUUUUUGGUUUCUGUUGUAAUGUACCCGUCUGUAUAUAAUGUGUAUCCUGGGUUUGUUUCUGUGCUGAAAGUGGGGAAAUCCGUGGGGGGGGGGGGGGAGGGAUUGGGAGGUGGGGCUGUGUCAGAAAGGCAUUGUAUUGUACUGUGAUAGUAAUGAUGAGAGGGCAACCUUAUUGAUGCCUAACAAAGGACUAUUGAUGGAGAAUUUACGUGGAGCACACACAGAUAUAUCAAAAAUUUUGUCAGUCAACAAGUUUUAAAAUUUAAACCAAUGUGUGUGAGGGUGGGUAAAAUGAGGUCGUACCUGGGAGGGGGAAGGCUGUCGCUGAGGAGAUGAGCCCUAACAUCAAUCUUCAUUGCGCUUCAUUGCGGAGCGUCUUGUAGGCCACACCAACCCAACCCAUUCUUCAUUCACUCAGCCUCACCCUCUGCUGGCUGAAUGUGGUCAAUGCAAGUCAUAGUGGCCACCUACCUGGUGCUUUGACCCCCUGCGCAUGCUUGUUGAGAAAGCACCCGUGACACAGAAUCAAGUGUUCCGGGGUGGGAGUGGUCAGGGGAGGGGCUAUAAGUGGUUGUGUAGCUCAUUGGUCCUGGCCAUGCGCUUAGAGGGUAUACUUCAGUUUGGAAAGCGAAUUGUAUUGGAACACAGGUGCUAUUGCUAUCUGGUGACAGGCUGUGUGAGGUUCUAGUGAAACCGGUGAUCUGCUGGCCUAAUGCGAUUGCACUGGCCACCCGGAGGAAGCAUGUAUCACAUUACCACCCGCCGGCUUUAAGAGAUUCAUACCCUGCUCUGAGUCUCCCCAAGAAGCAGGAGUCACCACUCAUAUUUAUGUUCCUGCAGUCAACAUCUGCAAGACGUCGAGAUGCUUUCGUUGAGUCAGUCUACCUGCAUUUAGCGGGUUAAGAUGUUAAUAAUGACCAGUCCUCUACAUUAUCUCCAUGAUUCACCGAAAAGGCGGAAGGAAUCUCCUGAAUGUUAUUACCUUGGGGUGGAGGGGAGCAGCCUUUGAAAUGGCAAUAACCAUGAGAGAGAUAUGGGGCUUCCGCAGGAGAGCUGCAGGUGCGAGGGGCUGCCGAGCCGCUGUCACAGAGACCGAUCGAUCUUUAUCAGGCCGCAUUCAUCAGGGCGCCCUCUCUGGUGGGAGAGACGCCCUCCAUCCCGCAUAAAAUCUGAUGACAGUGUGGAAAAACAAGUGAUGGAAAACCCAGAUGCUCCCAGCCCACUUCGCUUUUGGUGCUUAACGUCUUAAAGAGCUUUUCCUGAUAAUCUACAACAGCCCCCCCGACACACACACACACACACACACACACAACAUGCCCCACCAGCCGUGCCAACAGCCUCCACAGUGUGAUCCUUACCAUCGGAAACACUUUGAUAGGCACCCCUUCCCGGUAGGGGCAUAAAUCAGGGCCCCCCUCGAUUCCGGGGAGUUAAGGGGGUGGAAGAAAAGCAGCCUGGGAGGCAAUUUCCUUGACAGAUCAAAGAUAAAAGUGUUCAGUCAAUAAGCACUGAUUUCAUUUGAAGAUAGAGCAGAUACGCGACAUGGAGGCAACCGCUCAACGCUGCCUCGGCCAGACCCAACAUCCACCCGGCACUCUUCCAAUGACACACUACUGCUAUGGGGGGCCCCAUAAUGUUUUUUUGCCCUCUUCCUUGUCCCGUUUGGGCAAGAUUUAAGAUGAGAUAUUGAACUUGUGCUGUCUGGUUGACAGCCAGGUGGCUGGGGGGCCACUCAGGAGGGCCCUGAUCUGCUUCCUCCUCUGGGCCUUGGCAGUCCUCUGGAGCCCACCCCCUUACAGUUUCCUCUGCCCCCCGACUCGCCCGGGAUGCCUUACCUCCCCAGCUCUGCUGCAUUCACUCGGCACUCCGGGAUUCCCAGACAUUAUGGAGAUGCACGCAUCCUUUCCUGUGAUGCAUGGCCGCAUUUUCAGCACACACAUGCACACAUGCACACACACACACCUCCCCAAUCACGUCUGUAGUCUCCAAGGCAAAUUCAUUUAUAAUGCUCCAUCGUGUUAGAGCCUGGCCACAUUGGCAGUGUGCAGUGUGCAGUGUGCUAUCACAGGCAUCACAGUGAAACACCCUCGGUAGUGGCUGAUCACAUGAUCACACCGUCCUCAGUGAGCUCCCUCAUCGGCCAGCAUGCAACUCUUAGCCUACCACUCGACUGCGCACCAAUUUGCAGUGGAGAUAAACACUGGCAGCUUUCACACUUUACAUGUCCAUAACUAAGUAAAAAUUUGGAAUAGACUCUUUCUGCUUUUUAAUUCCGUUAUCUGAUCCCAGCUUAGUCAAUGACCAAAUCGGAGCUUUUUCUACAGCAGGGCAAAGGGCAGCAUUUGAGAAAAAUCCACGGCCUGUAAAAACCAGCCGCUAAGUGGCAGUGGAGUACAGGUCCCAGGUCAGUGUGGACGUGUCCGACCAGCCCGUGUAAAUAGCCCCUGUCCUCAUAUCCCCUUUACUGUUUGUUUCUGCUUUCAUUUUGGCACUUUACGUGUUCGCUUUUCAAUUUAGUUCCAUUUUUAUAAGGUGUUACAUUUAUAGGACGUAACAUGACAUACCAGUAUGUGUAUUAUAGUAUAAGGUGUUUAAAAAUAAAGAUAAUAUUUAUUAGCUUAUUAAAUGAUUAUAGCAUUAUCAUUAGAUUUAAAAAAAUGUAGUACAAAAGUCUAGAUUAAAAAAUGUUCCUCCUUUUAUAUAUUAAUAUUAGGGUUACAUCAUGGAUACAUUUUUAUAUUAUUAAGAAAAAAAGGCUUUAAAUCACACUGUUUAUACCUUUUUUGAAGAGGAGAAAUUGGUGGCAUCUUUGUAUGUGUUUCUGAUCUUAUAAUUAUGUGAAAUGUGUUGUUGAGCUAUAUUAUUGUAUGUAUACACUGUGUCUAAAUAACCAAUAGGAAUUAAAGCUGCUCUCUGACCAUAAAGGAGUUUAAAUCGUUGUUCCAUUUAAAGUGACGCACACCUUUUUAAAUGACUGCCCCUGUGUCCUCUUCCGCCACCGCAGUGCAACACGGCUGGAAUCACAGCAAGCGGCGCACUUGGGGGGCCUUUGUUGUUCCCCCAGUGAUUCGCAGGCAUGAUCUCAUUCUAAAUUAGAGAAGGGGGGGCACAGCUCUGUUAGUCCAAAAGGACAAAGGUGGGAGCCGAGGCACAGGUGCUGUGCGGGGGGCACCGGCCCUUUAAGUCUGCUCCUUAGCCGCACCCCGGCCCCCACCCACAUGCUCCUUAUCCUAGACGCUCUUGGUAAAUAAAUUCAUCUUCAGUCCAGCUGCUUUUUGCCGUUGUCGCUUUAGAGGAGUAAUCGGCUUCACCACCCUUCCCCUUCCGUUUCCUACUUUUUAUCUUUGCGGCAGGGAAACUCCUAACGAGCCAAAUAAAUCCCGCGUCACAGACAGAAAGCGAACGAAGUCUGAGAAAGGUUGGAGGAGGCGGAUGUCUAAAUGAAUGUUGAAGCUUGCCAGGCAACGUAGAGAACCUCUCCCCCCCCCCCCCCACCCCACCCCCCGUCAAGCACGGAUGCGUCCGUGAGCCAUUAAAUGAUUGCCAGUUUAAUUGGCUCUGUUAACGCCGUCAUUUGCGAGAUGGCCCCAUGGGCCGGGCUCCAGGACAAAAUGGCGGCAUCUCUCUCUCCUCCUUUCCCCGCGCCGUGACCCUCGGCCGCGUUGCCUUCCUUCGGGCUUUCGGCCUAUAUGGCCGUGUGCUUUCUGUUUAAACAGAGGUACCACCUGGCCGAUGGGUACGUAGGCCCCUCCCCCAGCUGAGUUCUGAGGGAGCUGCACACCUUGUUUUUGGCUUUUUGGGGGUAGGGGGGCUGCAGCAGAGAAUCUUUCUUGAAAAGUUUUAAAGCUGCAGUUGUGAAACCUUCGGCAGAGGUUCCCACGUCAGGUUGCCGGUGGGCGCGAUGCGUCUUUCUGCACAGCCUUGCUGGCACCUCACUCUCAUACUAGCAAAUGACAGUCACGGCUCGGCGUUGCCAUGCCGAUAAAGGCCCCACACCAACCCGCGCUGGGCUUUAUACAUGGGAACAGAACAGAAGGCUCUUCCUCCGGCGCCUGAAGGACACUCUCAAGUUAGCUGUCCCACCUCAGGUGUCAACAGACUCGGGUGACGGCGUCCUGCCCUUGAUGCCAGAGAACCACGACAAGACAGACAGUCCAUCAGGCUCGCCGCCGUCCGGCAAGAUGAGGUUCUUUAAUGAAGUCUUGUCCUGUCCUGUCCUGUCCUGGGCCAUCAGAUUUGAUUAUGGCGAUGUUCCCCAGUCGUGUGGCGGGGGAGAAGGAAUGGAGAGCUGAGUCGUGGGCCUCCUGCCACCAUGUGGUUUGUGUUCUUAACCCGCUGGCAGUGAUACACACACACACGCACGGACGUGCGCAUAGGAGCACACACACACAGACACACACAC